AUGUCAAGUGAUGAAGAGAAUGAGAAUGAGGUCAUCCUCCCCGUCCCGGACUCGAUGAGUGAUGGGGACGAGACUACAUGGAGACUCAAUGAUCCUCAAUUCCAGUACCGGAUGAUCGAUGACACCAGAUGGAGAGUGGCCCUCGCCCAGAUGUGGAUCGAGAAGACCGGCGCCGUUGAAACGGGCAAGACCUAUAUCCUGGAAAAGCUCCCGGAGGGCUACGGUCUCUUUGACCGGCCCCGUGGAUCUAAUCCCACGGAGCGAGACACAUUCCUCUUUGGACAUCCUAGCAAAUUCUACUUCCAGUCUCGCAUCGCCUUCUUUCCCCACUUCUUCUGGGGCUUACCACCUCCAAAGACGAUAUACGAACUUAACCCAAAAUAUCCUUCUGAUGAAGAGGGCCCUGAUUAUUGGCGGAUCCACAUCAUGGACCUGAAAGAGAAGGGGAAGGUCGAUGAAGAUAUCAAUCACCGUCUAAACAUGGACUGGGCUGUGACUCACGAACAACUCGCUGAUUACUUUGUCAGCCUGACUCUUCAAGCCGCAUUUGUUCCCCGACGAGGCGAGGUCGUCCUAUGGACUCCCGAUCUAGACGGCACGCUUGAGUACAAUACUCCUGCCAAGUGUAUCCAAAUCAAGGACAAAGAUGGUAAAUGGCAGGGAAUGCCCGAAUGGCGAGCUGGGAUUGUCACCCAGGUUCCGGAAGAAGAAUGCAACUUCAUGGACAUUAUCCAGCUCACUAAGAAGAAGAACGAGCUGAUCACCUACUCUGGGUUCCGUGUCGAGACUUUGGUUGAUCCGCUGAGUGACGACAAAGUAUACUCACACCAAUAUAAAUACGUCCCGCUGAAACAAAUCAAGCCUUUCGGUGCCUACGAGCAGUUCCUGUGGCCCCUGCCUCGGGAAAAACUUCACCCAUCCAUUGAGUUCGCUCUGACCACGAUGGCCUCAUGGAGUCUGCUACAUUACACAAAGUUCAAGGGCGAUUGGCCCAAUGCAAAGAUCUACUGUAAAGGGAUCUGGAUCGGACACGAACUACUCGCCAUUAAAGACGCCGUACGACUGAAGCCACCCGGCCUGACAGCAGAAACCAUGAACGACAAAUCCAACACAACCAAAGAUGAAAAGGUCACAGAUGUGAUGGUCAUCGAACAAAUUUGGCUCUCGCUAGAAGGGUGCAUCGCUGACCCGAAGGAUCCCCAAUACGCAAAAUCAUAUCAGCCCUACAUCGCAGGCAAAGUGUACACGGUAGAUCCCACCCGCCUCAACCGACCCAUUGGAUUCGACCGAGACGAGUUACAACAGUUAACCGACAAUGAAGUCGACGAUGCAUUCCAAUACGUCGGCAUGCAGGGCUACGGUCCGUGGUACCGCAUUGCAGGCGGGCGGACUUGCGCCGUAACGAAGAACAUGCUCUUAGGCCGCUGCUACGAGCCUGAAGCAGCAUACCUCCACUUCGGUACAUUCAAAGGCCUCGGCUACGAUCUGCAUAGUAUGCUAAGCGGCCGAGCUUUCUCAGCGAAGGCUGAUGCGCGCACCCCAGAAGGCGUGAACUGGUUCUGGGGCGAUUACCGGGCCGAGACGCUGGGAUUAGCUACUAUGAACGGCGUGGAGGUCGGACCUGCUGCUGAGCAGCGCGAGAACAUGCCGAGGUGGCAGGCAAUUCUGCGGAUCUUGAACGAUUGCAUGAGGGGAGGUGAUUUGAAGCUUGCGUUUAAAGAUCCUAGGGACGAUGAAAUUAGGGGUCCUGGGCGUCCACCGAAGAAGCAUUUCGUGGCUAGCAAACUUGUGAACACGGGUCUUGCAGGGCUUGGGUCGAAGGAUGAGACGAGUGUUGAUGAAGAGACGGAGGAUUCUAUUGAGGGGUUGAGUGGGAAUGUCUCGGAGAUGGAUCUCCCCGCAGGACUGUUGACUGCGUCAAUUCCUUUCCGUGAAAAAGACGAUGCAGAGGUCGAUGACACGGAAUAG